AAGACCCGAUUUUAAACCGACCUGAAACAUCUAACUCGAAUUCAAAGUGUUGCAGUCUUGCAGAGCAUGUGAUGUACUGCUAAGCACGUUGUGCAUAACAUCCUGCACUUCAUCAUCAUAAUCAUGAUCAUGACCCAUUUAGAUUCAUCCCAAUCAGCUGAUGAUGAUCCUCUUGCCCCUGCUCUUUAUGUUUUUGGAGACUCAAUGGUGGAUAAUGGCAAUAACAAUGUGCUGCCUACUGUGAUUAAGGCUAAUUAUCUUCCUUAUAGUGUCAAAUUUGCUGGUCAAGUUCCCUUAGGAAGAUUUACCGAUGGCAAAACAGCUGCUGAUUUCAUUGCUGAAUAUCUAGGGUUACCAUAUCCUCCAUCCUAUGUACGUGUAUUCGGGCCAGAUUCCACAUUAAGUAGCGACGUAUUCAGAGAAACUUCAGUAAGAGGCUACAAUUAUGCAUCUGCAGCAUGUGGCCUUCUACCCAACACUGGAAUCUUCUUUGGUAAAUGCAUUUCCAUGGAUGAACAAAUUGAGAUGUUUGAAAGCACAAUAAAGUCCCAAUUGGCACCAAUAUUUGAUGAUCAUGCUCAACUUUCCCAAUAUUUGUCUAAAUCUAUAUUUCUUAUAAUCAUGGGUAACAAUGAUUAUAUUAACUACUAUUUCAAUCCUCUUGAUCUUUCAAGCAAACUUUAUGAUUCCGAUCAAUUCGCUCAACUAUUGGUGGACACAUUUUCACAACAAAUCAAGAGGUUAUAUGAUUUAGGAGCAAGAAAGAUAGUGUUGUCAGAGAUUGGCCCAAUUGGUUGUAUUCCAUUCUUUGCAAAGACCGGAAGGCUGUUUGGCAACAAUGGAACAUGUGACGAAAACAUAAAUAGGGUGGUAUCCAAGUUUAACGACCGCCUUGUGACAAUGCUUCCAAAUCUUUCAAAUUCAUUCAUUGACUCACACUUCUUUCUUAUGCGUGUUUACCAAAGUAGCUAUGAUUUGAUUAUGAAUCAUGCUAAAUAUGGGUUUAGUGAUAGUAGCAAUCCAUGUUGUAGAUCAUGGAUGAAUGGAAGGCUGUCAUGUAUUCCAAACAUAGCACCGUGUCCAGACUCUAAUAAACAUAUAUUUUGGGAUGGUUUUCAUUUGACAGAAGCCGCCACUCGUUAUUUCAUAACUGACUGUAUCUUUGGACAUUCUACUUGUUUCCCAUUUAAUCUCAAACACUUGGUUGAACUUUAAACAGUAUUACUUGUUUAUUUAUGUUGUAAAAAUGAUGAUAAUACGUAUUUAUACACUCA